GCGAAGACAAAAGACGUUGCGUUAGAUAUAAAAGCAAAAUAAAAAACACGAUUAGUGCAUUAAAGAAAGGCUGAGUGCAUUUAGCAGCCACCAUGACACCUCUCUCAAAGCUCUUUCACAAGUUCUGUGCCGAAAUUAUAAUCAUAUUAGCAUCCCUGAUAAUAGAACUUAUCAUUCUGAUUCAGAAACUAAAACCAUCGCCACGCGCAAUCAGCACCCAGCAAUACCUGAAAUUCAUCGAGAAGAAGAACCCCACGAUUCGCUACACAAAGGGGUUGUUGAAGGCGGAACAGGGUGGUGCUGCAGAGUGUAGGGUAUGCCUGUGCGAAUUGGAGGAAGGGGAAAAGAUGAGGAAGCUGCAAUGCCGUCACGUGUUUCACAGGGAUUGUUUGGACAAGUGGUUGCAACAAUAUUGGGCCACGUGUCCUCUUUGUCGGAAACAAGUGGUGCCGGAAGAUGUUGUGUUCAAGCACCGUCAGCAUCAGAAUCAAACAGAGGGAGGUUUUGAUCGGAAUCAUGAUGACAACCUUCCGUACUUUUUAUCAGCAUUUCGUCGUGGCAACACUCUGCACAGAUAUUUCUGAAAUUUACCCAGAUUUCUCCUCAACUAACUAAUUUUUAGAGAAGCGAAAUUUUUUAUUCUUCCUCUCCUAUAGGAUUAGUUCCUCGGAACAAUAUUGAUUCCGAUGUACACCCUGUUUUAUGGAACAUGAAUAUUAGAACAGAGAUAGUUCCUUUCUUCUGUUUUUCCUUCAGCCUUCUGCUUCAUUCAUCAUAUCAAGAAU